GUUCACCUGCUGCAGCGAUGGAGCUCUGUGAUUGGUCAGCGGACGACUGUUAAACUCCUCCCCUCGCGACCCUAACGUGACGGAGUCAGCAGACAGCCAUCCAGCGGAGAGUUUUCGGGCUAAUUAUCCAACCAAGGCCCAGCGGAAGCCCCAAAAUGAGUCAGCUCAAGGAGCGCUUCGUGACUUUUCUCCACGAGAAAAACUUUGUGACGGAUCAGCUGGCGACGGUGGAACAAAAAACGGGAGUGAAGAGGGAGUACAUCGCCUUGGGUGUUCUGGGUUUUGUCGGGCUGUAUCUUCUGUUUGGAUACGGAGCCUCACUACUUUGCAACCUCAUUGGCUUCGCCUAUCCAUCAUAUUUCUCCAUUAAGGCCAUCGAGAGCAGUGUGAAGGAGGACGACACUCAGUGGCUGACCUACUGGGUUGUUUACGGACUCUUCAGCAUCGUCGAGGCCUUCUCUGACAUCUUCCUCUUUUGGUUCCCUUUUUACUAUAUUGGCAAGUGCUUCUUCCUGCUUUGGUGUAUGGCUCCAGUGACGUGGAACGGCUCCGAGAUCAUUUACAGGAGGGUCAUCCGGCCAUUUUUCUUAAAACACCAGGCCACCAUGGACAGUGUGGUCAGCGAUCUGAGCGCCAAGGCUAAGAACAUAACCGAGAAUGUGACCAAGGAGGGUGAGAUACCAACAGUGUACAUCUGUUAACCGGGCCCUCAACCACGAAAAGGACCAGUGAGAACCCUGGCGUGUCUGUCUGACUGAUGAUCGACCCUCUGCGUCAUGCGGUGAAGCUUCAGCCUCGUGACAAUAAAUGGACCGCUGUUUGUGCAGCAUCAGUUUACUUCAGUCGGUACAGCGAAGACAAUCAGGAAACUGUGACCUCAUUGUGUGCUCUUUAUUUCUUUGUUCUAGAAUUGUUGAAUUUGUUGCAAGACAUUCAUUCUUGGCAAAAAUAUUUUACAUAUUUGCAAAAGUGGUGGUGCUGUCAAUAUUUGUCUAAGUGAGCCAUUUGUACCAGCCUGACAUUAGUUUUAAAUAAAGGUUGUCUUCAAAUGUAUCCACAAACGGCGUUUUCUAACAUUGUAAAUCAAAACUGGAACUGCGAUGUGUAUUUUAAUGUGUUCUGACUCUUAAAAGCCUUACUUUUGCAUGUGCAUGCAGCAUUAGAAGUCUGAGAACCUUCCUAAUAGCUGACAAUCUAACGGGAUCGGGAUGACUUCUGCUUAUACAAAUGUCUUAAUUUAUAAUGAUUAAAUAAAACUGGAACCUUUUAAACUGAA